AGUCUACUCUAUAACUACAGAGGUGUCAUGGCGGCGCGGAGGGAGGACGUGUUAUGCUGACGCUUUGGCGCUUCGUUCAGAUGUUCGCUUGGCCAUGGAGGCCCGGGGCCUGUGCAGCUGGUGGCCGCUCGGCCUGUGCCUCACCGCGCUGCUGCUGAUACGAGCGGCCGCUGCCGGGCUGGUGGAGCAGGGAGCUCCGGGGAGAGACGAGGGAUACCCCUGGGAGGAGCAGGACGAGCGCGGCAGCAGCAGCCUCAGUUCUCUGGCGCCCGGCCUCGGGGCUGCUGCGGCCUUUCCGGCUGGAGAUGUGAUCGUGGAGGACGAUGAGUCCGGGGCCGAGCAGGAGGAGGGCGGCCGGGAGCAGAGCAGACCCAGGUCCCUGGUGAUUAUCAGUACAUUGGAUGGGAGAAUAGCGGCUCUGGACGCAGAGAACCACGGCAGGAAGCAGUGGGACCUGGACGUGGGCUCGGGGUCUCUCGUGUCCUCCAGCCUUAGUAAACCAGAGGUCUUUGGUAAUAAGAUGAUCAUCCCCUCCCUGGAUGGAGACCUCUUUCAGUGGGACCGGGACAGAGAGAGCAUGGAAGCCGUUCCGUUCACAGUGGAGUCCCUCCUAGAGUCGUCAUACAAGUUUGGCGACGAUGUCGUGUUAGUUGGAGGAAAGUCCCUGACAACUUAUGGGCUCAGCGCCAGCAGUGGAAAGGUGAAAUACAUCUGUUCUGCCAUGGGCUGCCGGCGGUGGAGUGGUGAGGAGGAGGGGGAGCAGGACGAUAUCCUCUUAUUACAUCGAAAGCAGAAAACCGUGCGUGCAGUGGGGCCUCGAAGUGGGAGUGAAAAGUGGAAUUUCAGUGUUGGUCAUUUUGAACUGCGUUACAUCCCAGACAUUGAGCGAGGCGUGGGUUUUAUCGAAGGCCACGUUGAACCCACUGGUGGCACAGAUGACUCUAAAAUCAUCGCUGACGUUGAUGAUCCAGAGGCCGGCACGAAGGACGUUCUCAUCAAGGUCUCUGUGGCCGACUGGAAGGUCAUGGCCUUUAACCGCCAACUGGGGCACCUGGAGUGGGAGCAUCAGUUCUGCACCCCCAUAGCCUCGGCCUGGUUAGUCAGAGAUGGGAAGGUGGUGCCCAUCAAUCUGUUUGAUGACACGAGUUACUCAUCAAAUGAUGAUGUCCUGGAGGAUGAAGAGGAUCUUGUGGAAGCUGCUAGAGGAGCCACAGAGUCCAGCUUCUACCUCGGGAUGUACCGGGGGCAGCUCUAUCUGCAGGCUUCUGUUCGGCCAUCAGAGAAAUUUCCAGUGAAUCCGACAGCGUUGGACACCAGGAAGGACGGUAACGCCAUAAUAUCUCUGCCGAGGAUCAAGUGGAAGCCUUUAAUACACUCUCCUUCCCGGACGCCUGUGUUGGUUGGGUCGGACGAGUUUGAUAAAUGUCUCAGCAAUGAUAAGUUCUCUCAUGAGGAGUACAGCAACGGGGCCCUGUCUGUGCUCCAGUAUCCGUAUGAUAAUGGGUAUUACCUGCCCUACUACAAGAGGGAGCGCAGCAAGCGAGGGACACAGAUCACCAUUGGGAUACUGGAGAACCCAAACUACAAGAACAUUCGUAAGAAGGAUCCUGUGGUGCUUCUCCCCUGGUGGAAGGAGAUAAUCGGCACCAUCCUGCUGUGCAUCACCGCCACUACAUACAUCGUCCGCAAGCUCUUCCAGCCAACUAACAGCGCCAGGAAGAGGAAAGAAUCGGAGACGCAGUGUCAGACGGACAAUAAGUAUGAGCCCGAGAGUGGAGAGCUGACGGAGAGCAGAAGUGACUACAACGGCUGUGGAUAUGUGUCCAGGUAUCUCACUGAUUUUGAACCAAUCCGCUGUUUAGGACGCGGAGGCUUCGGAGUGGUAUUUGAAGCUAGAAAUAAAGUUGACGAUUGUAACUAUGCCAUCAAGAGGAUCCGGCUUCCUAAUAGGAAGCUGGCCAGAGAGAAGGUGAUGCGGGAAGUCAAGGCGCUGGCCAAACUGGAGCAUCCUGGGAUUGUGCGCUACUUCAAUGCUUGGCGUGAAGAGCCGCCAGAGCUGUGGCAAGAGAAAAUGGAUGAGCUGUGGCUCAAAGAUGGAUGCACCGAGUGGCCCCUCAGCUCCCCUACUCCUAUGGAUGGCCUCUCCAUCAAGAUUCGGAGUGCAGACCCCUUCUCCAUGAAGGAGCAGGUAGAAGUCCUCACCCCUUCUUCAGAAAGUCAGUGCUCUCUGUCCACCAGGUUUAUGGCUGUUGAUCCAAGACGACCACGGGGACGAUCGUUUCCUCGCCACUUCUCUACAGAGGAUGACGCCGUGGUGAACCUGCAGGACAGUUUCCUUACAGACUGUGACCUGGAGCACAGCACAAUGGAUGACGAGGACAUGGGCGUUCCUUACGAGCCUCGAGAUCUUGGAUUACAUGAGAGAACCUCCUCCUCCAUCAUCUUUGAAGACUCUGGUUGCGACAACUCAUCCAAUAAUUUAGAAAACAGGACGGAUGUGUCCGUUGUGGUUACGACCAGCGAGUUUUCUCAGGGAGACUCCUCCAGCGAGAGUAAACCCACCUCUCCAAGCACUUUGUCCAUUUCGCCUCCCAGACCGAAAACCCUGAACUUGGACUUAACCAAAAAUAUGGCUGAGAAGCUGAACCCUAGCUCUCCUAAGGUGUACCUCUACAUACAGAUGCAGCUGUGCCGCAAGGAGAACCUUAAAGACUGGAUGGAGGCGCGCUGCACGCUGGAGGACCGGCCACGGGCUGAGAGCCUCAAUAUAUUUCUGCAGAUUGCAGAAGCUGUUCAGUUUUUGCACAGCAAAGGCCUGAUGCACAGGGAUCUCAAGCCUUCCAACAUAUUCUUUACAAUAGACGAUGUGGUGAAGGUGGGAGACUUCGGGUUGGUGACCGAGAUGGACCAAGAAGAAGAUGAAGAAACUGUUCUGACGCCCAUGCCAGCCUAUGCCCGACACACUGGGCAAGUGGGAACCAAACUGUACAUGAGCCCCGAACAGAUGUGCGGCCAGAGUUACUCUCACAAGGUGGACAUCUUCUCCCUGGGACUCAUCUUAUUUGAGCUGCUGUAUCCGUUCAGUACCAACAUGGAGAGGGUGCAGAUAUUAACAGACUUGCGAGACCUGAAGUUUCCAGCCCUGUUCACACAGCAAUAUCCCCAAGAGCACACCAUGGUCCGGCACAUGCUUUCUCAUAACCCAAGUGAGCGGCCCGAAGCUGAAGAAAUUAUAGAGAGCCCCAUGUUUGAGAACAUUGAACUUCCCGGAAAGCUGACGCUCAGGCAGAGAUCCCGGACACUGAGCACCUCCGGCCUGAAAAGCCUCAAACAUUCCAGCAAGUGAUCGCCUCUGUCUCCUGAACCAGAAGGGCUGUACCCGUUCAGAACCCCUCACGUCUCCGUUCACAGGGGGUUCGCAUCGGAUUCGUACUGGCACAAGACAUGUUUUAUACAGUUUGUUGGACGUUUUAUACCAUUUGUUGAAUGUCUAUUGUAAUGAUGAAGAGCACAAUGUACCUGGCGGCGAUAUGAAGAGUUCAUGUUCUGUACGUUUCCUUGAUCCCGUUAGUAAUGGCCGUCUAUUAGGACGAGCGUUUUUGAUCGGAUCUGUACUUAAAGGGCACCACACCUAUUAAGGGCCACUGUAGCCUUCUAGAAGAUUAUGUGUAGGGCUCAAUUAAUUUUUUUUUACAUGACGAGAAGCACAGACUGGGAGAACGUUGGAGGGGUUUAUAAGAGAAAUAUUUUUCUAUGUCUUGAAGGCUUCAGGUGACUUGUAAGAUUUGUCAUUGAAAGCAAGUUUCUUAUAGGAAGAUUACAAAAUGGUGGAAUAAUGGGAGAAAUUACCGACUGUCUAUUUCUAAUUGAUUAACCCAAUUUUAAACGGGGGCUGUUUUUUUUUUUUUUUUUGUUUUUUUUAUUGUAUUCUUCAUAAAAUAACAAUUCAUUUUUCUUAUCGCCAUGCAUUAUGCUAUUCCUCUGUUAUUCCUCCUACCUAAACAGCUGGGUAUUACCAGUUGGGGAUGGGUCCCCACAGAGACUGGCAUUACCGAUCAGUGCCGAUGCACAAAUUCAGGAGGAAUAACAGAGGAACAACACAGAAUUGUAAGAAAAAAACGCACCAGAAUUGUUAGUUCACAGGGAAUACAAGAGGUGACAUCUUGAUUUAAUCUACAUAUAUCUUGGUGAGGACCUUUCCUAAAACUUAGCUUUGCUUCUCUCAGUUGUGUCUUAUACUCCAGUCACAGCUAGAGCUGCAUUCGUAAAUUCUUCUGGAACUUCUGCUGCUUACACAUCCCAUACUUUUAUGGUUCCUGGCUGAUGGAGUGUUUAUACCGGACCUUGCGUUAGAGCAUGAUGCACGAAUAGGGUCCUGGUCCUACUCCCCCCUAAUACAGACACAAAAAAGCGCUCAUGUCUCAGCCAACUAAAGGGGUUAUUGGGUGUAGAAGAAUAACUCCCCCAUGUCUGUUUGGGGUCUGCAGAGCGGUGGGCGAAAGCUGCAAUACCGGACACAUCCCCCUCCCCUCUAGCGCAGACACUGAACCAGCAGGGGGGUGUUGUCAGAUGUGAAAGUAGAGCUAGAAACAAACAGCCUUCUUUCUCUGUGUUAAAUGUUCUGCCUGUGACACAAGAUCAAUACAAGAGAAGUAAAGCUAAGUUUUUGCCAAGUCCCUCGUCGUUCUUUGUAGAUGUGUGAACGGAGCUUCAUCAGCUAAAUCCUUUUUUUCAUAGCGAUUCAGGAUGAUGGAUGGCGCUGGAUCGGCUGCCGGAAUUUAACUCCUUGUGCUCUUUAAACUGUACUUGUUAAUGUUGCACCUGUUUUUAUAUGUCUGACUCUUCCUAAUCUGCAAUGGAAAGAAGACUAGACUCUUCAUCUAGACCUGUACCUCACCAUUUGAUCUGCCCACCCUCCUUGACUUUGCACAGUGAAGUGACGCCUUUGCCUUACCUGCAGUCAAACUCAUUUGGUCUGCAGAAAAAAAAGUCUCGAUUGCACUAGGAGUCGGUUUUGCUGACGCCACCGUUCUCUCUCGAUGGUAAUUUGACUUGUACAUUCUUGUUGUUUUUUUUUUUUUAAAUGUUUUUAUUAGUUUAUGAUUAUUUUCUCUCUUAAUGUCUUACUUGCUACAAGUUCUGUAACCACCACUUACAGGCUUGUGAAUCAUUUAAGGGGUUAAAUUGUGCUUGUUUCUUAUGUACAUAUGUUUUAUUUAUAAAGCACAGUCAAUCCAUUGGGUUGGUGCUGUACAGCGCACUUAUCACAGAUCCAGAACAGUUAAGUGCAUUACAUUAUGUGACUUUUUUCAAGUCUAAGUGAUUUAAUAAAAAAAUGUUUUAUUUAU